CCGGGCCGGGGCCGGGCGCUGGGGGGGCCGGGGCCGGGGCCGGAGCCGGAGCCGGAGCUGGAGGCGGGCGAAGCCGGAGCGGCCGGGGGCGGCCACGGUGAUGAGCCGGGCCUGGUGGACUCGGCGCCAUCGCAGUCAGAAGGAAGAGGCCCAGCAGAAGGGACUUGCUGAGCCACACCCCCCCGCGCUCCAUGGUGGCUGUGCUCUCAGGCUGGCGCCAUGCCCCGCCCUGCAGAGGUGACGGACCCGUCCCACGCCCCCGCCGUGCUGCGCCAGCUCAAUGAGCAGCGGCUCCGCGGCCUCUUCUGUGACGUCACCCUCAUAGCCGGAGACACCAAGUUCCCUGCUCACCGCAGCGUCCUGGCUGCUUCCAGCCCCUUCUUCAGAGAGGCCCUGCUCACCUCGGCCCCGCUGCCCCUCCCUCCCGUGACUGGGGUCUCGGCCCCCAACCCUGCCACCGCCACCGCUGCCGCCACCACUGCCGCCUCCUCGUCCUCUUCUUCCUCUUCCUCCUCGUCCUCCUCCUCCUCCUCGUCCUCGUCCUCCUCCUCCUCCUUCUCCUCCUCUCCCCCUCCAGCCUCACCUCCUGCUUCCUCCCCGCCCCGGGUCCUGGAGCUGCCGGGAGUGCCCGCAGCUGCCUUCUCUGAUGUCCUCAACUUCAUCUACAGUGCCCGGCUCGCCCUGCCUGGUGGCGGAGGGGACGGGGCAGCUGUGGCCGAGAUUGGAGCCCUGGGGCGGCGCCUGGGCAUCUCCCGCCUGCAGGGCCUGGGGGAGGGAGGAGAGGCCUGGGGACCUCCUGCCCCGGCCCCCGCGGCCCCUUCUCAGGCCGAAGAGGACAGCUUCGGGCCGGGUCCCGGGCCAGCCGGGGAGUGGGAGGGGGGUGGGGCUGAGGCCCAGGCCCCCGACUCGCAGCCCCCCCUGCCCCGGCGGCCCCUCCCCUGCCCCCAGUGUGGGAAAAGCUUCAUCCAUCCCAAGCGGCUGCAGACCCAUGAGGCCCAGUGCCGACGGGGGGCCAGCACCCGGGGGUCUGCCGGGGGCUCUGGCCCCGGAGGCCCUGCAGGAGUAGACGCCUCGGCCCUGCCCCCUGCAGUGGGCUUCCGUGGUGGCCCCGAGCAUGUGGUGAAGGUGGUGGGCGGCCACGUGCUGUAUGUGUGCGCAGCCUGCGAGCGUUCCUACGUGACCCUGUCGAGCCUAAAGCGGCACAGCAACGUCCACUCCUGGCGGAGGAAGUACCCCUGCCGCUACUGCGAGAAGGUGUUCGCCCUGGCCGAGUACCGCACCAAGCACGAGGUGUGGCACACUGGGGAGCGCAGGUACCAGUGCAUCUUCUGUUGGGAGACUUUUGUCACUUACUACAAUCUGAAGACCCACCAGCGAGCCUUCCAUGGCAUUAGCCCGGGCCUCCUGGCCAGUGAGAAGACACCCAACGGCGGCUAUAAGCCCAAGCUCAACACCCUCAAGCUGUACCGCCUGCUCCCCAUGCGUGCAGCCAAGCGGCCGUACAAGACCUACAGCCAGGGAGCCCCUGAGGCCCCGCUGUCUCCAAGCCUCGACACGCCGGCCCCUGCAGCCAUGCCAGCUAGCCCACCACCAGGGCCCCAGCCUGCCCCGGAGCCUGGCCCAGCACCCUCUGUCAUCACCUUUGCCCACCCAGCGCCCUCCGUCAUCGUCCAUGGGGGCAGUAGCAGUGGUGGUGCGGGGGGUGGACCAGCCAGCACGGGGGGUGGCCAGGCCGCCUCGGUCAUCACUUACACCGCUCCCCCGAGGCCCCCCAAGAAACGUGAAUACCCGCCUCCGCCCCCUGAGCCAGCCGCCACGCCAACCAGUCCAGCCCCAGCAGUCAGCCCAGCCACAGCAGCGGGGCCAGCCGCAGCCACGGAGGAGAGCAAGAGCCGGAACCCACGGGCUGGGAGGACCCUGACUUACACAGCCAAGCCCGUGGGUGGGAUUGCUGGGAGUGGGGGCGCCCCAGCGGGGCCUGGCCGGGGCCCCUCCCAGCUGCAGGCGCCCCCUCCGCUGUGCCAGAUCACUGUGCGGAUCGGGGAGGAGGCCAUCGUCAAGCGCCGCAUCUCAGAAACCGACCUGCGUCCCGGGGAGCUGAGCGGAGAGGAGGUGGAAGAGAGCGAGGAAGACGAGGAGGAGGAGGAGGAAGAAGAGGAGGAGGAGGAAGAGGCAAAGGCAGGAGGAGAAGACCAGCUCUGGAGGCCCUACUACUCGUACAAGCCUAAGCGCAAGGCUGGAACCGCCAGCGGGGGCAGCAGCGGGGGCAGUGGGGUGCCCAGGGGCCGCCGGCCACCCCGCUGGAGACAGAAGCUGGAGCGGAGGAGCUGGGAGGACCCCCCAGCGGCUGAGGGCCCGGCGGGGCGCGCCCGCGGCGAGCGGAGGCACCGCUGUGGGGACUGCGCCCAGACGUUCACCACCCCCAGGAAGCUGCGAAAGCACCAGGAGGCCCACAGCGGGGGGCCCCACGGCUCCCGGGCUGGACGGAAGCCCUCCACCCGCUUCGCCUGCCCUCACUGUGCCAAGGUGUGCAAGACGGCAGCCGCCCUGAGCCGCCAUGGGCAGAGGCAUGCGGCCGAGAGGCCCGGGGGCACCCCCACCCCCGUCAUUGCCUACUCCAAGGGCAGCGCCGGCGCCAGGCCUGGGGAUGUCAAGGAGGAGGCCCCCCAAGAGAUGCAAGUCUCGUCGUCCAGCGGGGAGGCGGGGGGCGGAAACGCUGCGGCUGAGGAAGCUUUGGAGCCCGCCUCGCUCCAGGACCCUGUCAUCUCGGGGGGCAAGGAGCCCCCCAUGGCGCCAGGAGCGGGCAGCUACACAUACCCGCCUGUGCAGGAAUUUCCACUGGCUUUGAUUGGGAGCGGCCGGGAACCUGGCAGUGGCAGGGGGAAAGCUGGAAGUGAAGGGCCGGUGGGGCCUGGGGAGGGGGACCGGAUGGAGGGGAUGGGGGCUGCCAAAGUCACCUUCUACCCUGAGCCCUACCCCCUCGUCUACGGCCCCCAGCUCCUCGCUGCCUACCCUUACAACUUCAGCAACCUGGCCGCGCUCCCGGUUGCUCUCAACAUGGUCCUACCUGAUGAGAAGGGGGCAGGGGCCCUUCCCUUCCUCCCAGGGGUCUUUGGCUACACAGUGAAUCCUCAAGGAGCACCCCCAACGCCACCGCCCCCAGCCCCGCCAACUCUUCCUCCUCCAGUCCCCUCUAAGGGAGAAGGGGAAAGGGCAGGAAUUGAGAGAACCCAGAAGGGAGAUGUGGGGUGAGCUCUCGGGCCAGCUCCCCCCGUUCACCAGAUGCUACCCUCCCUGAACCCUCCCACCACUACCAGCGCCCUGGCCUCCCUGCCCCUUGGGAGCCCCUCCACACUCUUGUGCAGGGACUUGGGGGGGCCCCUGGAGCUCAGGGGUCAGGCUGCUUUGUGUGAGAUUGUAGUUCUCCCAUCUCCUGGGAAGGGAUCUUGGGUGGUUCCCCUCUCAAUUCUCCAGGGAAUGGCCUCCAUGAGGGGCAGGGGCAGUCCCCGUCCCUUCUCCAGCCCUUGGGGCAACUGAGCAAUAUACUUACAUGAAUCUCUCCUCACGGCCCCCAACAGCUCUGAAUGUCUAGCCCUUACCCCUGCUGAUUCGUAACCCUGGGGGGAAACCAUUUCUCUCACCCAGUGUUCUCCCCCUCAUUCUGAAGCUUUCUCUUCCCCUACAGCCCUUCCUUCCCCAGAUGCUUCCUAGCACAUUCCAUUCUGUUUCUUCUCCCUACCCCACCCCAGCUGAGAGGGUGGCAUGGCCCAGGGCCUGGACCAGACCAUUGUGAUACCCGCCCCACAACCUGGGAGCAUGGCUUUGGAUCCCAUUUUUCCCAGGGUCGGUUUCUAUGUUCCUGCUUCCUUCACGCUAAGAUGCCAUGCCUUCCUGGGCUUCCAUGCCUUUGGAUCUUCCAUAGUACUCCCUGGAUUCCUGGACAUGGAGAUGGUCUCUUCCAUUCCAGGUCAAGCAGGUGUUGGAGGGAGGGCUACCCCUCUGUUCCAUGGCUGAUCACUUUCCCAGCCCAGGCAGCACCAGUGCUGGCCCUAUCUUGACCCCCAAAUCCGGUAAGCCCCAGAUUCUUCCAAGGCAAAAGAGGAGAGCAGAUCACACCUCUUCCUGCCUCGAGACAUGGCCUCUUCUGGGCCAAACCAGAUUUGGGGGCCAGGAGGGAGAAGCUCCAUAUGAGACGGGGAGAGGAAUCUUCUUCCUCCCUGUUUUUUCCUGAUGGUUUCUCCCAGACUAGACCAAAUAGCCAGAAAAACGAUGGGGGUUGGAUGGGUGGGUGAGCCCGAGCUUUGCACAUGACCUCCCAUCCUUACCUUCGCCCCCACCUUCCCCAGUGUCACUCCCCUUACCAGUCACUCCAUGUGGUCUGUGGGGAGCCAUCUUACCCGCCUGGUGGGCUUUGGGGUACCCCCACCAACUUUCUUUCCAAAAUAGCACCUUACACCCCAUCUCUGACUCAGUUCCCACACCCAAAGAUCCCAGCCUAGGGAUGGGGUGCAGGGACCCUAAAUAGUCCCUCAUCCCCAAUUUGCACUAGUUUACCCUGGUCAGGGGUCCCUGUAUUUCCUUCCAGUGGGGGAGAUGAAGAAACGUUUGCUCCUAAUUGUCUUUGAAAACUGGGCGUCCCCCUCUGUGAUUGGAUAAACACUUCCUACCACCACCCCACGAAAAGACAGCUUCCAAGGGGAGAGCCAGUUUGGGGGAGCAAAUUUGACCAAUGGGAAUUAGAGGAGUGCAUUUUUAAAAAGGGAAAAAGUUGCUGUCAUGGAAAUGGCAGCCUUUUCCCCAGCUACUGUGUUCUGGGGCCAAGAUGGCUGCCGUCCCUGCAUCAGCUGGGAGGGCAAGACCAUGGCUUCUGGAGGGAGGAGAGUCGGGGGAGGGACGGAAGCGUCCUCCUGCCUCCUUGUACCCUCCCAUCCUACAGGAAGGGGGAGAAGGUUUCCAACAGGCUCCCUGAAUGUUAACCUUGGAGGAAGGUCGCUCCUUCGUUCCCCUGCUGUCUCUUUGCACUUUUCUUGGUCUUGGCCACAGCUCGAGUGAAGAGUUUCCUACUGAAUGUACCAAGUUCCAAUUUUUUUAAGGGGGGAAAAAGUUUAAAAUGGGGGAAAAUGCAAAAAAAGAAAAAAAAAUCACUAAAAAUGUCCCACAAAUCUUGUUUCUGGCACUUUAGAAAAACUGCGAAAAACAUACAUAAUAAAGAAUACAUAUAUAUAUAUCAACACACAAAUUAUAUAGAUAUAUAUAGAUAUAUACAGCUAUAUCUAUAUAUACAUACAGCGGAACCACAAGAGCGACUGAGGAAGGCCUGGAGGCAGGGGCGCAGGUGACUCUGAUCCCCCCUGUCCUUUGCCUGCCCUUCUCUGAGGCCAAAAAGGCACAGGAGAUGGGAGGGGUUGAGUAUGGAUGGACCCAGAAGUUGGAAUUUCAGAAUGGGUCAAAAUUCAAAAACCUUGGUUAUUUGGGGACAGCUGAGAUUGUAGACAUUUUUUGAAACUAUGAUUUAGGAAAAUAGUUUCCCACAUGUGGUGGUCCUGGGCAACUGAUGAAAUUGUGGCGAAGUGGAGAUUAAAAUAUAUGUAUUUGAGGUGGGGGGCUUGGAUAUUGUGAAUUUCAGAUGCUGGAAAUUUGGGAUUUUGCGAUUUCAUCCUUUGGAAAUUCUCAAGUCUUGUUAGUCUGUGCCCUCUCUCCCCAUGGGAAGGGGGGUGAUGGUGGAGUGGGGGGCCAUGGUUCUGUGCCACAGCACGCGAGGUUUAGAAUUCUACAGAUUUGCUCUACACGUAGUGAGGACCCAGACUUAGAGAAACUGAGUGAUAUUUAUCUCCGCAUUUGUGUGUGUGUCCAACUCUCUAGGCCAAUAAACCAACAAGACAAACGAACUGUG